AUGAGAGCCCUUGUUUUGAAUACUUCUUCCUCAGAGGUAGUGGUGGAACAUGUCGCGCGACGAACCCCAAAUCCCGGCCAAAUUCUCAUCCAUGUUCAAGCAAUAGCAUUAAAUCCAGUGGACGAGCUCUAUGUCACAAGCCCCAUCGCGACCCAGGAGAAACGGAUCAUCGGCACGGACUUUGCUGGCGUCGUUAUCGAAGCUGCAGCGGAGAUUGCGGAUCCUGAUGAUGCUCGCGUCAAGCCAGGCGCGCGGGUGGCUGGUUUUCUACAGGGCGCCUGCUCUGUGAACGACCGUCCUGGAGCUUUUGCAGAAUACAUUGCCAUCCCGUACGACCUUGUAUGGGCCGUUCCUGAACGUAUCUCCCUAGAGGAAGCUUCGACAAUAAGCAUGUGUGGCUUGACAGCUGCUCAGGCUUUGUUCGUCAGAUUGGGAUUGCCGUCCCCAUUUUCGAAUGCCACUUCUUCACAGCUCAUUCCAGAAGGUGAUAAGCCGAUCAAUAUCUUCAUUUACGGUUCCUCCACUUCCGUCGGCUUGUACGCUGCACAACUGGCACAUAUCGCUGCAGCUACAGCUGGUAGACCCAUCAAGCUUAUCGGCGCAGCAAGUUCAUCAAAGCAUUCCAUGCUCCGUCAAAAGCCCUACAGUUAUGAUGUGCUAGUCGAUUACAGGGAUAAAGAUUGGGUUGAAAAGGUGAAGAGCGCUACUAAGGGAGAUAGCGUGGACUUUGCGUUGGAUUGCAUUUCCGAACGUGACACUGUGUACAACACUCAUGAGACCUUGGCUCCCUCGGCAAAGUUCGCUGUCAUUCGUGGCCCAGCUGGCGGGGAGUACGACCCUACGCAGAUGUCGGUCAAGCCCAUGUAUGGUGCUGUUUGGGAAGGGCUUGGAGUCGAAGUUGGAUACAAUGGAUCUGUUCUACCAGCGAAUCCAGAUGCGCAUAAGUUUGCGAAAGAAUUUUACAAUUUUCUUAGUAGCACGGGACCAUCAGGUAAGGCGAAGCUUGAGGCAAAUCCGGUUAGACUUAUGCCCGGGGGUCUCGAGAGAGUUGUCCCAGACGGGUUCGCUCUCUUAGGUAGUGGUCCCGUCAGCCAAAGAACAAAGCUCGCGAGAAUCGAGGAGUAUAUGCGCCCGAUUAGUGGUGAGAAGUUGGUCUACAAGAUUGGUUGA